AAUAGGGUUCUUGGUGGAAUAGUGCCAUGAACAGGGGACUGGAGGGCCGUGUGGCGAUCGUCACCGGGGCGUCCCGCGGCAUUGGGCGCGAGAUAGCGCUCACGCUCGCCUCCUACGGCGCCAGCAUCGUCAUCGGCUACCAGAAGAAUGUCGCGCAGGCCGAGGAGGUCGCCACCCAGAUCCAGUCCCUCCACGGCCAAGAUCGCGCGCUCAUCGUCCAGGUCGAGGUAAGCCGCGAGUCCGAUGUGAAAUUCCUCUUCGAUGCCGCCGAGAGCCACUUCAAGAAGAAGCCUCACAUCCUCGUCAACGCUGCCGGGGUUUUGCUCUCCACUUAUCCCAAGCUGGAAGAAACCUCUCCCGAGGAUUGGGACUGGGUGUUCUCGGUGAACACGAAGGGGUGUUUCAUGGCUUGCAAGGAGGCUGCCAAGCGCCUGGACGAUCGCGGCGGCGGAAGGAUCGUCAACAUCACGUCCACAGUGGUGGCGAAUUUGCCACUGGGCUACGGAGCUUAUGCCGCGAGCAAGGCUGCCGUGGAGACUUUCACCAAGAUCCUCGCCAAGGAAGUUGGGGCGAGGAAGAUCACUGCGAACUGUGUAGCUCCCGGGCCUGUUGCGACUGAGCUCUUCUUUGAGGGCAAGAGCGAGGAGAUGAUCCAGCGAUUCGUGGAUCAAACGCCACUCAAGAGGCUCGGGGAAGUCAAGGAUAUUGUGGAGAUGGUUGCGUUGAUCGUGAGCGAUGCUGGCGAGUGGCUUAAUGGCCAGGUGGUAAGGCUUAAUGGUGGCUUGGCUAUGUAAAGAAGCUUAUCACUAAGAAUAAGGUUUUCGUUCUAGCAA